ACCAAAAGCUCACCUGUGUAUUAAUAAUGCAUUACAGCAGUCCUGUCUGUCAGAUCCAGUCAGUUGUUCCACGUUGUGUAACAGUGCACAGUCACAGUGGGAUCUGGGUUACGCUGAAGACACUGCAAGAUUGUGACUGAUUCAUUUUUGCCGGACAAACAUGGAGUUGAUUGGUUCAACACAAUUGGCCACAUAUACACGGCCCAAGAGCAGUAACUUCUUGCCAGCCAUCUCUACAACAGCAUCCAGCUACAGAACCAACCAGAACUCCAACUGGAGGACUAACAUGUACUUCAGGAGUGGGAGUGCUAUUCCUUCCAUCAUCCCCAUAACACAAAGAGAAAACCUGGACCUGGUUCGGGCCAAGACUAUGUUCUACCCAUCUAACAGGACUGCACUAACGACACGCUAUACACCAGAUGACUGGUACAAAUCCAACCAGAGCAACUACCGAGAUUCAGAAUCUUCUAGGAAGAGUGCAGAGAGGCUGAGGAAGGACACGAUCCGGAUGAUCCAGGACCGGGAACAGUGCACCCGCAGGACUCAGGAGAACACCAGCAGGAUCCUGGGGGAGAGACUCAAUGAUAUCAGCUUCUGGAGGUCUGAGCUGGGCCAUGAAAUUGACAACAUGGUGACAGAGAUAGCGGCGCUGAUGGAGGUGAAACGCAGACUGGAGAGAGCGCUGGCUGAGACCGAGGGGCCACUACAGGUGUCCCAGGAAUGCUUGUUUCAUCGAGAGAAGAGGAUGUCCAUUGACCUGGUACACGAUGACGUGGAAAAAGACCUGAUCAAGGAAGUGGAGGUGAUAAAGUCAUGUCAGGAGAGAAUGAGGAGGAACUUGGACAAAGUCAUUGCACAGCUGGCAUCAAACCGAUCAGUGCAGCAUGAACUGGAGAGAGAUUUAAACGAUAAAGUCACAGCUCAGCGUAUAGACGACCGAUGUCAUCAGCUGCGCAACACCUCGGACGGCAUCAGCUACUACAGAGGCAUCGAGCGCCUUGACCCUUCUCUGAGCUUGCCUGACACAUGGUCAAAGUUCACCGACGACAACAUCCUGCACUCUCAGAGUGAACGUGCAGCGUCACACAAGCUCCGUGAUGAGACCGAGGUGCUGCUUAACACCACCUCCAACGAGAUGUGGAACCAGUUCAAUAAUGUUAACGUAGCCUUCACCAACCGCAUCUCUGAAAUGGCGGAUACCAAGAACAGCCUGCAGGCUCACUUGGCUAAGACCCUCCAGGAGAUCUACCAGACUGAAAUGCUCAUUGACACCUUGAAAAGGGCGAUUCGUGAUAAGGAGAACCCUCUCAAAGUGGCUCAGACCCGUCUGGAGGAAAGAACCCGCAGACCUAAUGUGGAACUCUGCAGAGACAACCCAUUUCACAGGUUGGUGACUGAAGUGAGGGAGAUCGAGGAUACAAUUCAUAGUCUGAGGGAACGACUGAUGGAGGCCGAAAACACUUUGCAGAACCUGGUGAAGACCAAAGUGGCUCUGGAGCAUGACCUCUCCAUCAAGGCUAACUCACUCUUCCUGGAUCAAGAGAAAUGCAUGAGUAUGAGGAAGAGCUUUCCCAGCACCCCACGCCUUGUGGGAUAUACUUAGAGUCCUGGCUUCUUGUCAGGUUAAAACAGCUUCAGUUUUCUUUAACCAAGAUUUUCAGUUUAUUAUGGGAAAUCCUUCAUUAGCUAAUGGCUAAUGAAAUGAAAUGACUGUAAUAAACACUUUCUUAAAGUACUCCUUUAGUGAAAUACUCCAAUUUGUGACUUUAAUUUAAUAUAUUUGUUUUAAGUUUAAAAUGAUUUUACAUAUAAAUGAUAAAUAUUUCUGGUUAGGCACAUUAACUGAAGUCACCAUCACCAAUCAAUAGCCAUCUUUCAAUCCAGCAUUCAAUUUUAUCAUCUAUCAAUUUUUCAGUUGUAGAAGUCAAAGUUUAAACUUAUUUUAGCACUUCACGUCCAAAGAGCUGAAUACGAGUAUGUCCAAUAUCCAAGUGGAUGGAUAUCAAAGAGAUGGAGAAUAAAAUUGGUGCUAAUCCUCAUGUGUUGUCCUGAUGUUAGAAACAAAAGCCCAAAUAGCAAAAUAACUGGACCCUCAGCUUGAUCAUUAGAAGUUGUACUAGAAGUAUUAACAUACUUCAUGCUAAUAUUUUAUUGGUUCCUCAUACCAUAAAAACUAGCUAGUUUAUUAGCAACACAUACUUAAACAAAAUGUACGAGUUUGUUAUUAAGGACUUCAUUCUUUCUAUUAAAAGCUGUU